AUGGUGAGCAAAUACGUCGAGGCCAACGAGCCCAAGACGCAGAUCUACCAUGCCGUCCAGCCGUACAAGACCGAAGAGCUGGUGAUCGUUGAAAAGUACACCGAUACCGAGAACCUCAAGGCGCAUGCCUCCACCCCGGAGUUCAAGGCCUUUUCGAAGGCCAUUGGACCUUGUCUUGUGCAGCCUCCGCAGAUGCAGAGGGGUGGGUUUGUUGCUGGGUUCGCGGGUAGAUCGAAGCUUUGGGUUACUUAG